GGCGCCGUAGCGCGGGAGGGAGGUGGCGGCGCUGUGGUCUCUCGGUCGGCGGGUCCGUGGGUCUGCCCGGCCGCCCGGCCCCGCCCUGCCCCCCGGGGCGGCUCGGCUCCAUGGCCCGCGGCGGCGGCGGGAGGCGGUCCGGGGGCCGCUGGGGCCGCUGACCGGGGAGGCGGAAGGCGGCGGGGCCGGGCCAUGGGGGACGGAGCCGUUCGCAGCCGCCGGAGCCCGGAAUCCAGCCGGAGCCGGAGCGGCGCCCCCUGCUGAGCCCCGAGAGCCGGGUGAGAGGGGGUCGCGCGCGGCCCCCAGUCCGGGGCCCCGAGAUUCUAGACCCGGCCCCGCGAGGGUGCCCCGAGCGCGGCCCGGAGAUCCCCGCCCAGGACCCGAGGGAAGGUAUCCCAUAAACAUCUUGUUCAGAUUUGGGCCACCUGGAUGCUGAGGGCCACUUCGCAGCCUGGUCCCAGAUGGCCUGGCUUGCUUGCCACUGGAACAUGUCCAACCAAACCACUGUCCCCCAUGUUCCCCAGAGGACUAAAUGAAGUCUUGAGUACAAAGUGCUCUUGCAUGGUAUGAGCCAGCGUGAACUAGAGGUCACAUGUCCACGUGCUUGGGAAUCCAUAGGGCCAGCAGCCGGAUGCCCGGGCCCAUUGGGUGGGCCGGUGGCCGCCUGCGGGAUGAGCAGACUGCUCGGGGGGACGCUGGAGCGCGUCUGCAAGGCCGUGCUCUUACUCUGCCUGCUACACUUUCUCGUGGCCGUCAUCCUCUACUUUGACGUCUACGCCCAGCACUUGGCCUUCUUCAGCCGCUUCAGUGCACGAGGCCCCGCCCAUGCCCUCCACCCAGCUGCCAGCAGCAGCACCAACUGCUCUCGGCCCAACGCCACUGCCCCCAGCUCCGGGCUCCCCGAGGCUCCCAGCGCCCGGCCAGGCCCCACGGCUCCUGUCCUGCCACCCUGUCCUGACUCGCCGCCUGGUCUUGGCCUGAUUCCUGCCACCGUCCUGCCUGCAGUGGGCCGACUGCUGAUUGAGUUCACCUCACCCAUGCCCCUGGAGCGGGUGCAGAGGGAAAACCCAGGCGUGCUCCUGGGCGGCCGCUAUACACCGCCCGACUGCACGCCAGCCCAGACGGUGGCGGUCAUCAUCCCCUUCCGACACCGGGAGCACCACCUACGCUACUGGCUCCACUAUCUGCACCCCAUCCUCAGGCGACAGCGGCUGCGCUAUGGCAUCUAUGUCAUCAACCAGCAUGGUGAGGACACCUUCAACCGGGCCAAGCUGCUCAAUGUGGGUUUCCUAGAGGCGCUGAAGGAGGACGCCACCUACAACUGCUUCAUCUUCAGUGACGUGGACCUGGUGCCCAUGGAUGACCGCAACCUGUACCGCUGUGGCGACCAGCCUCGCCACUUCGCCAUUGCCAUGGACAAGUUCGGCUUUCGGCUGCCCUAUGCCGGCUACUUUGGAGGUGUGUCGGGCCUGAAUAAAUCCCAGUUCCUGAGAAUCAAUGGCUUCCCCAACGAGUACUGGGGUUGGGGUGGUGAGGAUGACGACAUCUUCAACCGGAUCUCCCUGGCUGGGAUGAAGAUCUCGCGCCCAGACAUCCGCAUAGGCCGCUACCGCAUGAUCAAGCACGACCGGGACAAGCAUAAUGAGCCCAACCCUCAAAGGUUUACCAAGAUUCAAAACACGAAGCUGACCAUGAAGCGGGACGGCAUCGGGUCAGUGCGGUACCAGGUCUUGGAAGUGUCUCGGCAACCGCUCUUCACUAAUAUCACAGUGGACAUUGGGCGGCCCCCAUCAUGGCCCCCUCGGGGCUGACACCAAUGGACAAAGGCUACCAGUGCCAAGGAUGCCUGCCAGAGGACUGACCUACAGCCUGGCUGGUGGCUGCUCUGUGACAGAUCCCCCAGGACAGAGACUGUGGGCUCUGUUUUCUGAGGGUCUUCAGUAGGCCCCCCAGCUGCACCUGGAAGUUUCAGAACCUACUUCGGGGAGCUUCUGUCCUGGGCAGGCCCCUCAAGUGUGGCCCUCUCUGGGGUCAACCCUUCUUCCUGCUCCUCCCUCCCCAGUUCAGCCCUCCUCACUGUCAGGGUUGGGCCAGCCCCUGCACUGCCUCGCCGAGUGGCCUGGGCCAGGUCACUCCACCUCUCUGUGCCUCAGUUUCCCCCCCUUGAGUCCCCUAGGGCCUGGAAGAGUGGGAGGUAUGACUAGGGGGCAAUGUCGCUUCCAGGGGGAAUUCUCAGACCUGGGGAUCCCCCAUGCUCCCAGGGGAGGGGAAACCUUUUUCACUCAACAUUGUAGGGGGCAAACUCCGGUGCACCCCCUGCUGAGGAGCAGCGCCAGGAGGGGACCAGAGGGGGUGCUGUGUCGCUGCCUGGGAUCUUGGGGUUGGGCUUUGCAUGGGGGCGGUUGGGGCUCGGAUCAGUUGGGUUCCUGCCCCGCCCCCCUCAGAGAGAAGGCAGUAGCCCCAGGGCCGGCUCGUGUUUGUACAUUGCACAGAAACUUGUGUGGGUGCUUUAGUAAAAAACGUGACUGGAGGAGCCCCUUUGUCUGUUUGGGGAUGGGGAUCUGGAUCCCUAAACCCAGACCCGGAGUGUGUUACGGGACGGCCAGGGGGAACCAGGACAGCCUAUCGGUCUGGCCCAGGCUGUCCUGGUUCCCCACGCCCCUCGAAACGCAGUGGUUCGCUAGACUUCCGCCGGCUGGAAGGAGAAAUGUUUACCCUGCCGCUGCCUCCCGGCCAGAAGAGACAAAGAAGUAAUAAACCCAUUGGGCUCAGA